GAAAUCGAGAAGUCUUUCGGUCUCUCUGAGCCAACCCCAAUCACGGUGCAGCGACUAAAACACGGUCUCCAGUUGAUUGAGAAGUGCGAAAAGGAGCAGUCGCCUCUACCGACCGAGAUGUCCAGCGGCGUGAUACGAGAGUGGAUUGUCCACACCAAACAAGAGCACCACACUGUGACCUCCAAAUUCUCCAUAACUGAAAUCAGUAAUCAGCUAAACAAACGUAUUGCAGUUUGGGGUCGAUAUGAGGCGAAACUGAAUGAAGCUGUGAAUCAAAUGGCCGCCGUGUACGAUGCGGUCAAACGGGAUGCCUAUAUGGAGGGCAGUUUGACUGUAAUUGACGGACUCCUUAAAGAAGCAGAAGCCGCAGCCGAGGAGAUAGGACGCCAAGACGAGCUCAGAGCUGUUCAAAUAUCAAGACGUCAAUUCGAAGAACUGCAGCAGACCUUUCGCCGAGAAAAGUCCCUUGUCGUUGCUACCAUGCGUACUUCAGUUUCAUAA